GGAGUGUGUGGGGGUGUUUUCACUACAGUUAACAGAGUUUUGGUGAAACUGUAAGACGUACAGGAUGGUUCUGAUUCACUGUGUGAUGGUGUGGAGUGUGUGUGCGGUCCUCAGCCUCUGCAGCCUGCCCGUGUGGAGCGCUCUGGAGGUGACUCAGCCUUACAGGGUGGACAGCACCGACGGGACAGCACAGGUGCAGUGCUACAUCCACCUCCCACCCUCGCACCAGCUCCCUGAGCCGGAGGAGCUCAGAGUGUCUCUGCUGAAAGGCCUCCACGGCUCACAGGUGCUCUGCUGGUCCACGCUCAACCUCACGGAGCAGGCGGCUGCAGGUGUGGAGAAAGAAGGACAGGUGCAGUGCUCUACUCGUGUGACAGAUGGCGCUGUGGAGCUGAGUGUGUUUGGACUCAGAGCCACAGACACAGACCUGUACCGCUGUCAGAUCGAGGUCUUGUUCCCUCCCCCGUACCUGAGACUCAGAGGGAACGGUACGCUCGUUCACGUCCGAGAGAGCUCAGACUGUCCUCUGCGGGACGCUCAGAGACAGGCGGCACACAAGGCCGACGAAGACGAGGAGGACCAGCGUGAUGAGAGGACGGCACCGCUCAGUGUUCCUGUGGUUGUUCUGGUGAUACUGGUCAUCUUCGCUCUCCUCUUCAUCAUCUACCUUCAGGUCCUGCACUGUAAAGACGUGAGGAGGGAGAUGGUCAGACCGGUACCUGAACCAUGUGUGCAUUACAAAGGAGACGCUGCAUUUUCAUGUUGAGAUGUUGGAACCCUCUCCUUCACCUCUAAUUCAUCACCUCGGGGUCAAAGCUUCAUUAAACCUGCCUGAAAGGAACGACUGAUGAGAGAAGAGGAUGUCAACAAUAGAAAAUACCAACAUGUGAUCUUGGUGUUUGUGCAUAUUUUACUUAUUAAGUAUGAAUAUAAUGUUUACGUUGUAAACACAGACUGAAAACUGCUCUUUUACUGAGCCUCAGACACAGUGUGUGUGUGUUCACGGAAGCUUGUGUUGCUUAUACUGUGUAAAAGCUGAACAUGGACGUUACUGCAGGUCGGUGAUCUGUUCUGUUGACAUGUUGUUUACUGCUGCUUUCAAAUAAAAUGUCCCAGUUUAAGGAACAAACU